AUGACAGAGUCGGAUAAUAAAGAGCACAGUGGACACCCAGAAAAGACCAGAACAUGGGAACCCAAAGUCUACUCUGCCUUAGCCAAAGAGCAACAUUAUUUCGCUGGCCACGACAUCAACAUCCGUGAGGCCCUUGACUCUUACGGUGCCAUCAUCUGGCCAGCGGCAGUGGCCUUGUGCCAUUUCCUGGAAAAUAAUCAUCAGCAGUUUGAUCUAAUGGACAAGGCAGUGUUGGAGAUCGGGGCAGGGACAGGCCUGUUGUCCAUUGUGGCCAGUCUGCUGGGGGCAUGGGUCACUGCCACAGACGUGCCGGACGUCCUGGGGAACCUGAAAUGUAACCUGAUGCGUAACACCAGGGGGCGCUGCAGGUACACCCCUCAGGUGGCAGCACUGUGCUGGGAGGAUGACCUGGAGCGUACCUACCCCCGCUCGGUGUACCGUUACGACUACGUGCUGGCCGCUGACGUGGUCUACCAUCACGAUUUCCUUGAUGAGCUGCUCGUCACCAUGCGCCACUUCUGCCAGCCCGGCACCACCCUUCUCUGGGCCAACAAGAUCCGCUUCCAGUCCGACCUUCGCUUCACCAGCAGCUUCAUGAACACCUUCCACACCACACUGCUGGCCGAGCUGCCAAAGGAGGAGAUCAAGAUAUUCAUGGCCACAUGCAAAGACUAG